AAUAAUAAACCCUGGUGGGCAUAAUUCGAGGGGUUUUGCGACAUUUCAUUUCAAAACCCUUUCACUGUAAAGCCACUGUCAGCGACAGAUGCAAUUGCCUGCUGCGGCGGCGCGUGCACCCACAUGGUUUUCCACGCGCCGCCUUCUCGAUGAAAAGCUCUCCGACCUCCACCGCUGCUCAAACCUCAACACCGUGAAGCAAAUCCAAGCUCAAGUCCUCAAGAAUGACCUCCACCAAGACCCUUACGUCGCACCGAAACUCGUCGCCGCCUUCUCCCUCUCCCGCCACCUCCCCUCCGCCGUCAACGCAUUCAACCUCGUAACCAACCCAAACACCCACCUCUACAACACUCUCAUCAGAGCUCAGGCCCAAAACAAGGCUUACCCUUCCGUCGCAUUUGAAACCUUCUUCCAGAUGCAGAGGAAUGGUGUUUUUUCAGAUAGCUUCACCUACACGUGUCUGUUGAAAUCUUUUGACGGUUAUAGCUGUUUUCGGAUGGUGCAGAUGAUCCACACGCAUGUGGUGAAGUUUGGGUUUUUCGGGAGUGAUAUAUUUGUGCCGAACUCGUUGAUAGAUUCGUAUUGUAAAUGUGGGGGUGCUGGAAUGGAUGCGGCAAUUCGGUUGUUUUUGGAGAUGGAGGAACGGGAUGUGGUGACUUGGAACUCUCUGAUUGGUGGGUUGGUGAGAGGUGGUGAGUUUGAGAAAGCCUGCAAGGUGUUUGAUGAAAUGCCUGAGAGGGAUGUGGUUAGUUGGAACAUCAUGUUGGAUGGGUAUGCUAAGGCUGGGGAGAUGGGGAAGGCGUUUGAGAUGUUUGAGGGAAUGCCCGAGAGGAAUGUUGUGUCAUGGGCUUCAAUGGUUUGGGGUUAUUGUAGAGCCGGGGAUAUGAAUAUGGCGAGGAUGUUGUUCGAUAAGUGUCCUGUGAAGAACUUGGUGAUUUGGACCACUAUGAUAUCUGGGUAUGCUGAGAAGGGGCUUGUUAAUGAGGCAACAAAGUUGUAUGAUAAGAUGGAGGGAGUUGGGAUGAGGAUUGAUGAUGGGUUUCUGAUAAGUAUUUUGGCUGCAUGUGCCGAGUCUGGAAUGUCUGCGUUGGGGAAAAGAAUUCAUGCUUCUGUUGAGAGGCGGAGGUUGAGGUGUAGCACUAAGGUGUUGAACGCAUUCAUCGAUAUGUAUGCGAAGUGUGGUUGUGUGGAUGUUGCCCUUGGUGUCUUUAGUAGGAUUGAAAAGAAAGAUUUGGUGUCUUGGAAUUCCAUGAUUCAAGGGUUAGGCAUACAUGGACGUGGUGAGAAAGCACUUGAGCUUUUCACGAGGAUGGUACAUGAGGGUUUUGAACCGGACAAAUAUACGUUCAUUGGUCUUUUAUGUGCUUGCACCCAUGCAGGCCUUGUCAAUGAAGGGCGUAAUUACUUCUAUUCAAUGGAGAAAGUGCAUGGGAUUGUUCCUCAAGUUGAGCACUAUGGUUGUAUGAUUGAUCUUCUUGGUCGAGGGGGACACCUGGAGGAAGCUUUUCAGCUUGUGCGCAGCAUGCCUAUGGAGCCAAAUGAAAUAGUCUUGGGAACUCUUUUGGGGGCUUGUAGAAUGCAUAAUGAUGUAGAUCUUGCAAAAGCUGUGUGCGAACACUUGUUUGAGUUGGCACCACUGGAUCCUGGAAAUUUCAACCUUUUGUCAAACAUUUAUGCUCAAGCAGGGGAUUGGGUGAAUGUUGCUAGUGUAAGGUGGCAAAUGAAGAACACAGGAAGCCAAAAGCCUUCUGGAGCUAGUUCCAUUGAGGUAGAAGAGGAAGUGCAUGAAUUUACAGCAUUUGAUCAGUCACACCCUAAAUCAGAUGAUAUAUAUAGAAUGAUUGACAGAUUGAUAAAGGACAUUAGGCAGGUUGGAUAUGUUCCAAAGGCUUACGUCAGCCGAAGUGAUGCUUAUAGUUUUAACUUUUAAGGAAUAAAUAUGAGGAUUUAACUGUAUACGUUGCUGUUGUAUUAAAAGUAAGGAUGUCAUCAUAUACUUUGCAGCUGCUGGUUUAGCAAAACAGAGAAAUUGUAUGCAGGGAUCAGCUUGUGCUUACAGUGGCAGCAGCACCGUUGUAAAGCCAAUGAGAGGGAACAGUUUGUGGUAGUUGUAAAAAAGAAGCUAUUCAAAUAUAAUAUACUGAGUGGCAAUUCCACUCAAAUGCACUUGUUAAUUCCAUUCUUGCUGAGCAUUAUUGAUUUGAUUUGAGACAUUCACUUGAGCAUAAGUUGUGGAUAUGUGCCUGAGAGAACUCUCACUCAACUCCUAACCAGCCACGAUGGUGUCUCCAGGCUCAUGAAGACAGAGCGCAAGCCACUCCUCUUCCAACCCCAACCUUCCCUUACCUCAACAGGUUCAGCUGUGAAAAUGGUUAUGUAAUAAGCAGUGGUGAGAUCAUUGAUGCUGUUAGUCCGGUGAUGUCGGAAGAGAGGAGGGAGAGGUUCAAGAAUGUGGUUCAGAACAGGAGCUACUCAGUUUGUUUGGUGGUGGAAGGGCUCUGCGACUUUGGGAAUGUUUCCGCUGCAUUUCGGUCUGCGGAUGCACUUGGGGUGCAGUCUGUUCAUGUGGUGUCUUGUGACGCCAACAAAAGGUGUUUGAGACUUAUAAGAAUGUGUUGAGGUAUAGAGAUAAUCAUCAUGUGAGCAUGGGUGCAGAAAAGUGGUUGGACAUUGAAUUGUGGGACUCUACAACGGAGUGCUUUAAGAUGUUAAAAUCACGUGGUUAUCGAAUCGCCACAAUCCAUCUAGGAAUGGAUACUGUAUUGCUCAACUCUUCCCUUUCUGUUAUAGUGCUAUUUCAUACUAGAGAAAGUGUGUACAACCAGUACUUGUAUAUUUGUUUCACUUGCAUUUUGUAAGUGCUUUUUGGGGGACUUCACACUAUCAUUUGGGUCUUAUUUGGUGGGUCUUAUUACUUUACAUUCUGAACCAAAAUUGUUCAGGAUCUUCAGAUGAUUCACUGACAUUUCUUGCUAUAUAUAUAGGUUUCUAUAUAUGACAUGGACUGGUCCUGCCCAACUGCAAUUGUAGUUGGGAAUGAGAAUAGGUUCUUGUUUUUUUAACUGACAGAUGCCUUGUUAAUGAAGUUGGUUGUGUUCA